AUGAUCGACCCGGUGAUGGCGGCCGACGGGCAUGCGUACGAGCGGACGGCGAUCGAGCGCUGGCUCGCGACAAAGUCGACCAGCCCGAUGACGGGCGAAGCGCUUGAGCACACCUUCCGCUCCCCCUCCCACAUGGUGCGCCGGCAGAUUCGAGAGUGGCAGCAGGCGCAUCCGGGGCAGGAGGAUGAGCACAGUGAGCAUCCCUUCUCGGCUCUAGCCGUUGCCCUUCUUAGAAAGAGCAUGGGAGAGGACAAGGUCACGCAGAAUUUGCGAGGCUAG